AUGGAAAAGCUUCCUAUUCAGGUCUAUCAUCACCAGUAUAACCCCAACAGCACCAAUGAAUUUGUCCACUUCGCUGGAGGGACCCAAGAUGUCGAUUCGAGGGAGCUGAGAAUUGUGAUGCUGAUGACUUUAGGAGUGAUCUGUGUGGUAGGUUUCUCUGGGAAUCUCUUGGUGAUAACCGUUCUGAUUAACAAUGCGAGAAAGGGCAAAACUUCGAUGAUAAACUCUUUGAUUUUGAACCUGAGCAUGGCGGAUUUGCUGAUCAUGCUGUUCUGUGUCCCGUUCAGAGCUGUCGCCUAUUCUAAGCCCUCCUGGGCUCUUGGCUGGUUUAUUUGCAAAACGGCAGAUUGGUUUCUGCAAUGCUGUUUGGCUGUGAAGAGUUUUACAGUGGCUGUGUUGGCCAAAGCUUGCUUCAUGUACGUGACACAUCCAUCCAAACAGGUCCAAAUUAAGCAUCACAGAAUCAUGGCUCUCAUCACUUCCAUAUGGGGAAUAGCGUUCAUUCUCCCCAUCCCUGACUGGCUCUAUGCUACUGUCAAGUACGAGACGGAUAAAGUUCUGUGUGUUUUUGAAAUCCCAACGUAUGCAUCUGAUGUUAUGGCAGUUUUUGCAAAGGUCUACCCCAGCCUGGUUUACUGCCUCCCCAUGAGCUUCGCAUUUGUUUAUCACUGGAAAGCUUUCAGGAGAUGCAAACGUCGAGGGACUAAAACCCAAACCUUAAGGAAUCAGAUCAGAGGCAGGCGCCUGACUGUGAUGCUUUUCAGUGUCAGUCUGACCUUUGCUGCCAUGUGGGCUCCAGAGUGGGUCGCUUGGGUUUGGAUGAGACACAUUCAGAAGAACGGCUCAGCUCCUCCUCUCUCAUUCACCCUGAUGGCUCAAAUGCUGGUCUUUACAAUUUCUUCAGUCAACCCUCUCAUCUUUGUUGCCAUAUCCGAGGAGUUUAGAGAAGGUUUCAAGGGCCUGUGGAAGAGAAUGAUUUCCAGGAAGUCUCAAAGAGCACCAGAUGUUCCAGGUGCCCAAUCCCAGACUAACCCUGAAAGUGUUCCACCAGAUCCCGCACCGUCUCACGAGAUAGAACCUGUCUGGGUCCGGGACCAAGAGGCUCCAACUAAGGAACCAUCAGACAGCCCAUCAAGUAAAACCGGUAAUAUCGUCCUGUCAGACAUGGAACAGUUUUGGCAUGAUAGACAGAAUACACCAGGCUGCACAGAAGAUGACCCAAUCCCUUGGGAACAUCAGAAAGAUUCAGAAUUGCCCCAGCACAUGGAGGCCACUGGAACAAUCUAA